UUAAAUAUUGAAUAAUAUCUGUAAAAUUAAAAAAAAUUUAAAAAAACACAAAUCUGCGAUUAAACAUGUUGCCACUGGAGUGUCAAAAUCAACCGACUACCUGUCCUAUGUGUCUAGGAAAAGUCAAGAAAAGUCCACACUUGUUCAUCCUAAGCGUUCACUACGACUACCAGCUAUAAAUUCUGAAAAUACAAAGCUAAAGAGGCAUUCUUCGAGUUACAGCUCUAAUUUUUCUGCCACAGAGGGUGUCGGGGAUGUACACUUACCAAAAAUACUUCAUAGGUACUACAGAUAUUAUAUUCAUUACGGAGAGAAUUCGGUUCAAUUUUGAUUAUCGGUUGAAAGUUGUCAUAUAAAAAAAAUUCGUCCACCAAUUUUCAAAUUAUGGUAGUAUUGGCUUUUAGAGAAAAUUACAAUCUCCUGUGAUGAAAGUGUAUGCGCAAAGAAUUUUGGGUAGCGAUGAGCAGAAUCUCCUUGGAGAGGUUCCUUGUAUGUACGUACGUACAUUUUGAUCGCAGGAGAAUGAAUUUUUUUUUUCAAUGCCUAUACUACCAUAAUCUAAAAAUUGGUAGAAGAUUUUUCUUAAUCGACUUUAUUUAAUCAGUUAAGAAUUAAAAACCCGUGUUUUGGCCAAAGUUUCACCAAAGACUCCCCUUAAUUAAUGAAGAUUGAAGCUUUGGACAAGUUGCAAAGUUCUUAGCAACAAUGCUAGCUUGUUUGUAUACCUCCUUUGAACACAGCAAUUCCGUAUAUACCGAAUGCAGCAGAACCAGUUUAAAUCAAAAAAGCAUGCUUUAUCCUGGUGGAGAUAAUAUGAAGCUACAGGAGAAAAAUUAUGCGACAGCAGCUCUAAACUUUGAAAGACCACAAGAUGCGCUGAAGCUAGCGUUACUGAAGUUGAAGGAAAAUCAAUGGGAUAAUACCAUGCAAGCACUCAUUGACAUUGUGCAUAUAUCAAGGCUUCAACCAGAACUGAUAGAUUCGAUUAUGCCAAUCGUAAAUAGAAGCAUAUGCAGCUUAUUGCGAAAUAUAAGGUCAAAUGUAGUAAGGACUGCCUGCCAAGUAGCCGCCGAAUUGUUCAGAACGAUGCAAUGUACCCAAAGACCUGAAUUUGAUGAGUUGGUCGGUAUGCUGUUACAAAAGACUGGAGAUAUGAACAGGUGCAUACGCCAAGACGCUAACAGUGCCUUGGACACAAUGGCUGAUUUCAUACCAGCGUCACAUUGUGUCAGAGUAAUGUCUACUAGUCGAGGUGCAGGGCAUAAAAAUCCGUUGGUUCGUGCAACGGUCAGUCGCCUACUAAAUUAUAUUGUUACUUUGAAAGGGGUUGAUACCUUCUUCUCAACAACAGCUACAAAGGAUACGCGGGGUAGGGUAUUUAUCAUGUGCGCCAAGUUCUUGGUUGACGGUAAUUGUGAAACAAGAGCGAAUGCACGAAGCUUGGUGAAGCUUUUGAUGACCCAUAGUGACUUUGAACAUUUAUUUCAUCAAGAUGUCGAUCGCAAACUGACGGAAAAAAUACAGAAGCAACUGAUAACCUUAAAAUAUGACGCACCAAGUGGAUCCCGAAUAAUAUCGAAAUAAAACAUAAUAUCCGCAUAUCGUGUUUACGGAUAAAACUGUAUAAACUUAUUUAUGUCAGUGUUAGAGGGCGCUAGUAAUCCAGUAUGUACUUCAAAUGUCGAAAACAAGUUCGAAAAACGGCAGCUUUUGCUACAUACUUCACUCUGAUGGGGUGCAAAACAAAUGAAAACAUUCGAAUGCCGACAACAAACAUUUGACGGAUGGCUGACAGAUGGGAGUAAAUUCUAAGUUAACGAGGUUAGGAAUGGCAAUCCGUCACUUUUCGUGCACGAUUAGCUUCGGUGUCGGUAAUAUUGAGUUACCAGCUAUACGAUGAUAGAAGAAUGCCGCAUACUCGAACAUAUUUUCGUAUAGAAUUUUUAGCUACAC